CACUCACUCACGCCGCCGUUGAGUUGGUGAGGAGGACGGGACAGCGUUCACCCAUCAUUACCUUGUUCAAUCUCGCUUCACGCAUCUUGUCUGAAAGACUGAAUACUUCAAGGAUGCACAAUCACUGUAGGAAGUGCCGUAAAUAAAUAACUCGGUAUCAUGAUAACUUUAGUAAGUUGAAAAAUAAUCAUAACUUUUGGAACAUGUCUAAGGAUUUGAUAACAUAUAGAGAGUAACUUCAGUGAAAACGAUUAUUGCAUCUAUGCGGCGAAAAGAUCAGUACAACUUCUAUUGUAAAACUACUCAUUUUGAUUAAGAUUAAUACAGUGUGAAAGUGUUCAGUGACAAAGAUCAUCUCUCAGCCUCCCUUCUGUGCAAAAGUCAGCUCAGUUUUGUCAGAAGAAGAAAUAGAAGAAGAAAAAACCCGAAUUCUUAAAGUAUUAUGAGAGUUUCCUCGACGAAAGAGAAAUUGUUUUGUAAAUUAUGAAAAGGUGAAGUAGAUAAGACACGACCAGGAAACAUGUGAGCUUAUUCAAAGGAGACAAAGAAAUUGGGAGAAAGGGUACAGAAGAAAGUAAUCAUGACGACGGCGGUAAUCUGAACACAUUAUGCGGUGGAACUCUAAACUCCCAUGAUGGGAUGGGAUGGGAGGGCCAGACACCUACCACAGGGCCGGGACGGAAGUGUGGUGGUGGUGGUGGCGGUUGGGGGCAAUAGAGAGGCCAGUAGUUGGUUGGUCGGAGGAUAAAUCUCUUGGGCUUCUUUCUACUCUCCCUUCCCCGUCCUCCCCCCCCCCUCCUCUCUGUACCGCCUCCUCCUCCCUCGCCUUCCCUCCCCCUAGAGCAGUGCCUAUGGAUCCCCACUCAUUCUCACCGCUGUCUUGGUGAUGGCGGAGUCCGUAGUGGUAGUGCCAUUCGACCCUGACUCUUAGCCUCCAGAGGAGUGAGGCGCCUCCGGUGUCAGUCAGGAGCUGUGCGCCUCUCCAUACAUGGAUUUGUUUGACUUAAGACGUCUGGCAUUUUCUUUAGCUGUCUUUCUACGAGUGAAUGUAACCGCGUGAGAGCUUGAAUAAAUAAAAUAAGCUCAUGUAAAGUUUAAAAGAAAAUUGACGUUUAUAGUAAUAACAAAAAGUUGAGCAUCUUGAAAGUUCAAGUGGAGAGAAACUGUUCAAGCUUUAUAGAAGAAACAGAUAUUUGAAGAUUCUCCGAUUUUACCUGCUCAACGAUGAGCAGUCUAAGACAUUGAAAUCCGGUGUUCAAUUCCUCUGAGCAGAAACAUUUGAAAAUGUUUAAGCUUAAUAAUGUCUUCGUUCAUGCUUUCCCCGCGUAUAUGUUUCUUAUAGAAUGAAGGAAACAUUCUUGCCCUAUUAAAAAAGGAGAGUUCUCCUAUAAAUGUGAAGUGAAUAAAGGUAAAUCCGAAUUGAAUAUUUGUGUAACCAAUCGCUAUCCGAGAAUGAGUUAAAAAACAAAACUUCGGUCUGUAUCCAGUCACUCUAUCUGGGUGAUUAUUGUUUACCUGCCCCACCCCACUGCCUCCGCCAAUUCUGGUGUGUUUGUUUGUUUGUCCAGAGGCCAUAAACACCUCUUGGACCCAUUAAACGCUGAAGGAUUUACAAGAUGAAAAACACUAGCGUUGCCUCUAAUUGCAUUAAAUUGAGCCGAUAAGAAAGAUAAAUGGAACAAUUAAAUGAGGGGAGGAAAUCCACCGUUUGAUCGUAAGUUCCGCUGGUGUUUUAUGGUGGCUGAUUGUUGCUUAUUUUCUCAUCAGUAAAUUUGUUGGGAUUAAUCUUCUUGGAGGAAGAAAAAUCACCCAAAGCCCCCAGAGAUUUUUGCCGCCUAGCGAACGGGACCUUUAUAUACAAACCGAUUUAUGAAAAUGUAGUGUGAUCCCCGCGACACCUCAGAACAUUUCACGUGUCAAGUUUUUGUGCUUCCUCACAAAAGGAACGAGUGAUUCACCUAAGACAAGAAAUCUCGAUCGCAGAGACCUCUGUAGGCUUCUUCCCGCCUCCUCCUCCUCCCUCUUCUCCGUAUAAUGUCCGUGAGUGUGGUCCCUGACGGAAGGAAUUUUCAUUGGGAAAGUGCCAGCAAGCCGGCCCUCAGCGGGUGCCGUCGCCUACCUCCAUUGUCCCUUCCUCAUAUCCCCCACCACCACCGUCACCACCACCACCACCACCACCGCCCACGGAGAAGACACUUCUCGGGCGAAUCCCCGACCUUGCCCUGGCCCCGGCGGCCGAGCGACUCGGGCACGACGACCACCUUAUCCAUCGCCUCCUCCUGGCACGCUGGAGAUAGCUUCAGUCUGCUGACAACGGAGUCCUUCGAAGGAUUCAGAGGAAGCAAAAGUAUUUCUUCCUGCCCUUCGUCCAUCUCAUCCUCUACUUUUCCUUACUUGACCUCUCGCCUAAGUGCCAACAAGGGACUCGGUUUCAAGGCUCCGGCCCUUUUUUUAACCCGAGACACAUACGCCAGGAAAAUGUCGUCGUCUGCAGGUGGCACUCGAAGUGCCUCUUUAGAGGCCACCGGCAGCAACAACACCUCCUCCACAGCGGCAGCCAGAGAGGUCAAGCAGUACCUUAAUAGGACGUUGUUUCCGAGGCCGUCCUCGACCCUCCAUGGCUACGCUUCCCUUUACCACAGGUUAAAGAAGCUGCCGUCUUCCCAUAGGAAGGCCCGCCAAAGGGGCAAAUCGACUCAGCCUUUGGAGUCUAGCGGGAGUUCGAAGACCCCGAGCGUCGUUUCAGGGAGGCAGCUCGAUGACAGCACUGAACCCUCAACGGAAAGUGAGUUGGAGGAUCUAGAAGACCCACUGGACACACCCCUUCGGUGUCCGCCGAGGGUGGAAAUCCAUAUUUACGUACCCACUGGAGCAGCAUUCACCUCUUCUGGGGCCCAUUGCGAUGACGACCUUCAACCGUCUCACUUUGCACCUCCAUAAUAUGAAUGGUUGUAGUCGUAUGCGUCAUUUCGCCUAGAGGACUCUGUGAGAAUAGAACCCAUUUCCACAUUGAUUAAUAGUCAUGUGUUGACGUUUAUCUAGAAUUUUUCUAUGAAAUGUUUCAUAGGAAUUGACUGAAGUUUCAGUAGAGUUGUGUUUGAUAGGUAUAUGUAAUGAUAUAUAGAGUGUUAUUGCAAUGUCGUUAUUGUUUGAUAUGUUAUUUAUUAUUAUACAUUUUAAAGCCAUUCGGACAAUGUAGGAAGGCGUGAGUGUUUGUAAGCUUUUGCUCUAUGUCAGUCUUUUGCAUCUAAUUGUGUUCAUCUCUUGAAAGCUUUGUUUUUGCCAACAUGUUUGUUUUUAGAAUGGAUGACUCUUCCAGUAUUUCAAGUGUCGUCAUGAAUGGUCGCAAUGGCUGUUAUUUUAAUCAUCCUCUCUCACACCUGUAUAUUGUCAGUGAUUGAACUGUAAAGAUUUUGGAGAUUUGCUCUUUUAGUUAAUAUGCCUUUUAAGUAGUACGGUCUUGGCUUUUAAGGUAUUGUAAAGUUUUCGUGGUUUAAUGAGUGAAUCCAGUGUUUGUUUAUUUUGUGAAUAUUUUCUAAAAUCUACCAGAUUAAAGGACGUGUCGGCUGAAGUCAUUCAGACCGGUUUCAGUUAUUUUCUCAUAUGACACUGAGGUUCAUUAAUAAGAGCGUGGAUUGAAGUUGAGAUUUGAAUUUUGUCUUCGUCAUAACAGCAGACCCAAGUGACAUAGGUUGAAAUUAGACUGCCUAGCUUGGGGUGUACACAAUUCAGAUUUCUUGUCGACUUCACCUUUCUUUCGACGUAAUGUCAUGCAGAUGUCAGUAAUUAAGUAGUACUACUGGCUGCGGUAAGUAAAGACUGAAUUGUUUGCUAAUAAUGAUGGGAAGAAUGUCAUCUUUUCAUUAUGCAAGUUGCCUUUACGAUGAUUUACUAAUUGGAGAUUGUAAUUGAUUUUCUAUAAUAUGAGAGAGAGAGAGAGAGAGAGAGAGAGAGAGAGAGAGAGAGAGAGAGAGAGAGAGAGAGAGAGAGAGAGACUGGAAAUCUUUGGAUGCAGUCUGUUCAUGAAUCCUGAUAACAUUAAGAUUAUAUCGAGAAAGAACAAGUAUUUAUG